AUGGGAAAGCGAAAGUCGAAGAGAAAGCCACCACCAAAAAUGAAGUCUGUUAUGCCGUUGGAUACACAAUUCAAUUGUCCAUUUUGUAAUCAUGAACGUGUAUGCGAAGUAAAAAUGUAAGUAUUUCUAUUUAUUCCCAUUUUAAAAACAAUUCAUUGCAAAAGUCAGCUUUCUUUUUAUUAAGGAAAAAGAGCGAUGUUUGAAAUUUGUUUGAAGUCUUAUUCGAAAUAACUAUUUGUACUGAAUAAAAAUAUAUAUCCAGAUUACUGUUUCUUCUAAAAAUUGAAUAAAUAUUUCAACAAUAAAAUUUUCCAGGGAUCGUGAGAAAAAUAUUGGUUAUAUUUCAUGCCGAGUUUGCCUUGAAGACUUCCAAACCGUAAUCAAUUACCUUUCCGAACCUAUUGAUGUAUAUUCCGAUUGGGUAGAUGCCUGCGAAACAGCAAAUGCAACAUAA